GGAGGACGUUUGUGUUUUUUCUGCAAGGCAACACUUGCUUCCAUUCAUUUGUUCCUUUCUCAUUUGUCAUUCGACAGACCGCUUUUGUAUACUUUGACACUUCACUCCAACUUUAGGCUGCCUUGGGGCGAAUGAAACGAGCUGAAAGAAGUGAUCAUGGCUGCUGAAAUCAAACCAGGCCCUGGCCUGAACGACAGGUUCAACACGCCAAAGAAACCUGUGCUGCUGUCCAAACUAGAAGGUGUCAAUGAUGAUGUGAAUGCAGCAGUCAUUAUUCCUGGUGAAGAUGCCAUCAUCACAGUCUGCGAUGACAGAACUGUGCGUGUUUGGUUAUGGAGAGAGUCUGGACAAUACUGGCCCAGUGUCUGUCACUAUAUGCCGUCAGCCGCUUCAGCUCUUCACUUUUGCAAACAGUCACGCCGAUUGUUUGUUGGGCAAGAGAGUGGUCAGAUAUCUGAAUUCCUUGUUGCUGAGGACCGCAAUAGAAUUUCGCAUUCGAAAGAUUAUCAAGCACACACAGCUCGAGUAACAUCUGUUUUACUCUCUGAUCGUUGUCAGUGGCUGCUCAGUGUGGGUCGGGAUAAGAUGUUUAAACUUCACUGUGCACAAUCUGGUCUUUGUUUAGGCUCUUUUGUGAGUGAGGCUUGGUGUACUGCAGUAGCAUUUGAUUCUCUAGCCAAAGUCAUCUUUGUGGGUGAUUAUGGUGGCCAGAUUACAAUGCUGAAAAUUGAUGAGGCUGCGGCUCAGUCCAGCAUUGGCAACUCUGGUGGAGUUGUGAGUGGAAUUAUCCGCUAUGUUACAAAUCUCAAAGGCCACACAGGAAGCAUCCGUGCAUUGACAUGGGAUUCAAAUGGUCAGUUCCUGUAUUCUGGAAGUUUUGAUCAGCAGGUCAUUGCAUGGGACAUCGGAGGACAAUGCGGAACAGCUUAUGAAUUAAAUGGUCAUCAGAACAAAAUAACUUCCAUUUGUUAUGCACCUUCAAGGAGAAUUUUGAUCUCAGGAGGAGAAGAUUCAGUCGUUGUAUUUUGGGAUAUGAGAGAAUCUCGUCUAGAGACUCCCCAAUGGGCAGAUUCAGAUACUUGUCAAAGAUGUGAACGUCCAUUUUUCUGGAACCUCAGAGCAAUGAUGGAUCAGAGGCAAUUGGGCUUGAGACAGCAUCACUGCCGGAGCUGUGGGCGCGCUGUGUGCGACCGAUGUUCCUCUCCCAGACACGCCAUUCCAUCCAUGGGCUUCGAGUUUGAUGUUCGUGUGUGCGAACCAUGCUAUGCCCAACUGAAAGCCUCAGAAAACCCAUCACUUGCAGUGUUCCAUGAAGCCAAGCACAGCAUUGUCGCCAUGGAUGUUGAUGAAUCAAGAAAGCGACUUUUGACCGUUGGACAAGACCAUAUUGUGAAGUUGUGGGAUAUUUCAGCAGUCUUGCAAUGAGUGUUGCAAUGACACACAAGGGCUCUGUUUACAUUUUAAUUCACAUGUUCUCAAAGGCUUUGACUGUUAUAUUGUUGAUUUUUGGCUGGGUAUGUUUAAAUAUUUAAAAUAUAUGAGCUAUGUGCUCUUUGAAAUUUGAAAUCAUACCUCUUACAUUUAACAUCUUCUUUUCUCUCUCUUGUUUUAAAGCAAGAGAGAACAGUUUUGUUGAAACGAUUUGAUAGUAUAAAAUUUUCUUCUUGACAUUGACUCAGAGAAGGUGAGGUAGCUGAAUUUUGAACUCCAAAGAACCCUAAUGUACACGCAAACAUUGGUGUACUUGAUAUGUUAGUGAAAAAGAAAGAAAGAAGAAGGUUAGUUAAAAAUGUAUUGAAGAGGGCGCUCCUAAACUUUAUGGAUUGCAUUUUGUCAUGCUGGUUAAUGGCAUGAAUGUGGUAUAGUAUCAUAGUUGUAACAGUAAAAAUUACAGAAUAUACCAUCAGCAAAAUAUUUAGAAAUCACCCCUUACAGAUUUAAUUGACUUUGUUAUGAUGUUAAGAUGUUUAUUGAGAUCUCUCUAAUGUCAUUUUGCAGUUAUUCACUUGCUGUGCUGUUAACGCAUUGCAAAAUCCGUCUUUCACUGUUCUGUUUCCUGUUCUAUGGGUAGUUAGCAUUAAUUUGCCUUGUUGAUUAUUAUCUUCCUGGAAGACACUCUGUGAUCUUUAGAUGAAUCAAAUUUAAACCAUUUCUAGGUUUGACCUCUCUAGGUGUGUGCUGUGAAUUUGAUUGUGAAUGGUUAUGAUUCUAGUGGGUACGCUUUGACACUUCCACAUACCACUGUAAUUACUGUUAUGCUCUUUCAUUGGACCUCUUUAUUUAUGUAGUUGAGAUUUCAAUGAGACCAUUUCUGGCAAAAUGGAGCUUGUAAUGUUAAUGGUAUAUUGUUACUGAAAAGUUAUUUUUUUAUAUUAUUUGGUGCUAAUAAGUUCACCCUCUUUAACACUCUUUGUUUAUUAUUGUAAAGCUCAUGUCAAAAGUGCUGUAGCUUAAGUAAUAUAAUGAAGACCAAAAAGUAAAAUAAAAAAAAAUUAAAAUAUAAAGAUACAUUUGUAUUCAAACAGAAAAGCAAGAUGUGUAGUGCUUUAUUUUUUAUAGCAAGUGUGUACAAGUUAAAAAUGAGCUUUAUUUGUUGAAUUUGUCAGUGAUCACACCAUAACAUACCACAGCAAAAUAAUUAAGGUGUUUAAUUGUGCCUCACUAAGAUUACGCCCGUCACUUGCAGCUUGUUGUAUUUUCUGCUAAAGUGGUGACAUGAGACAAAAGCUGUAAUUGUCUCAUAGUGUUGAAAUUACAUUAGAUUCUAUUUUUCUUUCUUUUGUCUUUGUGAAACUGCUUGUUUAGAAGCUGUUUUACUUGGAGUACAAGUUCAAGGUCAAAACUUCCAUGAUGCUGAAUUUACACUUAAUAAUUGCCACUGUACGGCCGAUGUUUUGAAGGAAGUGUACAGUAUUUUGGUAUUUUUCUCAAAUAAUAAAAGUGUCAUUGGUCAGUGA